AUGGAAGACGAGAAGCUCAUUCGUCUCCAUGACGUGCUCUCGAAGCUCCGUCCGGGCGGCAAAAAGGGAGGUCUGGGCUUUGCUUCGGUGAAUGGUCGAAAGGGAGUGAAGCGGUCGGAUGGAUUGCCGAACAAUGGACUGUACUCGAUGUUUGUGCGUCAGGGCGAGGGCGGCUACCAGCACAAGCACUGGGAAGAAGAGGGCUCGGAGGCGGUACCUUUGGAGAGUAAAGAGGAGAAGAAGGAGAAGAAGAAGAGCAAGAGAGAUCGAGAGAAGAAGAAGAAGAAGAGGGAGAAAAAGAAGAAGGAGGAGGAGACGCGCAAGAAAAAGAGAGGGGAGAGCAAGAAGAAGAAGAGGGAGACGGUCGAGCCGGUUGAGGGCAGUGACGAGGAGUCCGAGGAGCUGGUGCUGAAGGAGAAGACGAGAGAGGAGCUGGAGAAGGCCAAGAAGGCCAAGAAGGCCAAGAAGAAGGCCAAACGUGCUGCUGCUGUUGCUGCUAUCAAGGAGGAAGAUGAGGUCGAGAUUUAUGCGGAGAAGAAGAAGAAGAAGAAGAGCAAGAAGCGGAAACUGGAGUUAGUCGAGUCGGACGAAGCGGUUGUUGAAGCAAAAGAUGACAAGGUGGAGACGACGGAUGUGGCAGAGGAGCGAAAGCAAAAGGCAAAGAAGAAAAGCAAGAAGAAGCACGUGGAAGAGGCUGGAGUUGAGGCGGUUGCUACGAAGAAAAAGGAGGGGAAGAAGGACAAGACGGAGAAGAAGCUGAAGAAGAAGCGGAAGUCGAAGAAGGAUUAG